AUGAUUCUCCAGUUCGUCACCGUGGCAUCUGCGCUUGCGCUGGCGCCUACCGCUGUUGUUGCUAAGCAGGCCGCCGCUGCCUUCGUCACAGUCAACACGCUCGACACUUGCCCUAAAGGUGUGGCCCAGGAAAUCCUUAAGCCGGGACCGAAGGUAGUUACCACGCCCUACACGUGCGAACAAAUCAAGAUCAGUCAUGGCCUGGACGUGUCCUACUACAGCUUCGACGUUGAGCCCCUCACCAAGGACACCGUUACUUCCUGCAGGGCUGUCAAGGUCUUCGACAACACAGCUUGCCAGGGCUUCCCUACUCUAUGGAUUCCUUUCGAUAGCCCACUCGAGGACCGGUGCAUCCCUGAACGCGUCUUCAGCGACGAAGUGAAAGCCAUCUCGGUUCAGCUCGAUUGCGAGGACCCCCCUGCCAAGAAGGAGUUACCCGGCCCUAAGCAGGUGGCUGAACAACUUGCCGAGCAGGUACAGCAGGCACAGCAGGCAGAGCACGCUCCUAAGCAGGAGGCUCAUCAAGGUUCCAAGCAGGAAGAGGCUGCUCCUAAGCAGGAAGAAGCUGCUCCUAAGCAGGAGCAGGAGCGCGAGCAAGGUUCUGAGCAGGAAGAGCAAGACGAGCAAGAUCCUGAGGCAGCGCCCGAGAGAAAGGCCGCAAACCCUGCUGACAGUCUCGGCCUCGCUGAACUCACAAAAAUGCUCGGUUUCCGGUGA